GGAGAACUGGUUGAAGGAGACGUUAGUCUCGCCCUCCCUGCCAUGAUAUUCGGAGUCCUCUCCCUGGCCGCGGGACUCCUGGCAUUCAUCCUGCCGGAGACCAGGAACAGAAAUCUCCCAGAGACCGUGGAGGACGCACAGAACUUCGGAAGGGAAACUCCUGGAAACUUGACCAGUCCGGAAAAAUACAUUACUGGACUGGACAAAAUGGACAAAUCGGACAACGGGAUCACGCUACAGGCCUAUAACAAACCCGCAUAAACACAUAAGGUGUCCAAGUCCUACUCAAAACUUACUAUAAAUGGAUGCUGUGGUGGUCUUGCAGUAUUGGACUCGUGUUGCAUGGAGCCGUACCGAUGGGCUUUUUUUGUGUAUGUGGCGUGUCUAAAACGAAUUUUUGUGUAUUCAAACGUGAAUUUGAUGUGAUUCAAAUGGAUUUUUAAAAAAGAUAUCUCAGACAUUUUGAACGAUUGUACUAUUUUGAGGUCUUCAGUUUUUCUUGUAAAACGCCAAACAAAUUAUUAUCAGUCUCUUAAGAGGUGUGAAUUUCUUAGCAGUGCCUCUGGUAAACGUUAUGAAUAUAAAAAUGCUCAUUUGAAAUUUUGGAUACUCUUUUGAGUGUAUGCAUGUAAAAAUAUAUAGUUAGCACAUUUUACGUAGUACACUGACGGAGUGAAAGUCGAGGUCGAAUCGAAUACAAAUUGGUUUCUACAUACUGAAAGGCUCGAAACAUGUUCCAAAACCUUAGAAACAAGAUCAUGUUUUUUUGGUUUU